GUUGAAGAAUCGUCAUGUGGAAUCUAUGGAAGUGACCUCUUGUCUAAAUUUGAAGGUUACACAUGAUACUACAUACUACUAUUGUGUUACACGGUGUCAUAAAUUUUACAAAUUUUGCUGGAAUAUAAAGCUUAAAAUAUCAAAAUGCCUCCAACAUCAGCAGUUUUGAAAGAGAAGUUUGAAGAAGAAACGCUUGGAAUUCGUGCGAUUCUUUUAGGACCACCAGGAUGCGGAAAAGGAACUCAGGCGCCCAUGUUAAAGAAAAAGUAUUGUGUGUGUCACUUAUCUACUGGAGAUAUGUUGCGGGCUGAAAUCUCAUCAGGAUCCAAACUUGGUACUCAACUCAAAAAGAUUAUGGAUGAAGGAAGACUUGUGAGUGAUGAACUCGUAGUUGAUAUGAUCGACACAAAUUUAGAGAAACCUGAAUGUAGUAAUGGAUUUUUGUUGGAUGGUUUUCCACGCACAGUUAGGCAAGCUGAAAAGCUUGAUGGACUCUUAGCUAAACGAAAUACUCCAUUGGAUGCUGUUAUAGAAUUUAACAUUGAUGAUUCUUUGCUGGUGAAGCGUAUCACUGGCAGGCUGAUUCAUCAAGCCAGUGGACGUUCGUAUCAUGAAGAAUUCCAUCCACCGAAAAAACCAAUGACUGAUGAUAUAACAGGAGAGCCGUUGAUCAGACGUAGCGAUGAUAAUGCUGAAGCAUUAAAGAAACGAUUAGUUACAUAUCAUGCGCAAACUAAACCUUUGAUAAGUUACUAUUCAUUGCAAGGAUUACAUAACAAAGUUGAUGCAUCACAGGCCGCAUCAGAUGUUUUUGCCAAAAUUGAUUCAAUAUUUCUUCGAAAACAAGCUAAACAAGCCAGCAGUUUACAAAUAUAGUAUUGUUCCUCUGAUAUUCAAACAUAUCAUACAUUAGCACAAUUUUAUAUUAGUGUUUAUUUAAUUGUGUUUUUGAAAAAGUUUAAUCGUCUUGUUGGAAGUAUGGGAUUAUAAAGAAACAUCUAUUAUUAUAUUACUGUAGUUUAUUCCAAUAUGUUGGCAAGCAAAAUGAAUUUAUCUGAAAUGUUGGCUUUUUUUUAACUCUUGUAUGCAUAAUUUGAAAUUUUCAUAAAGCUUUACAAAAAGUUUUAAUACAAAUUUUUGUAAGCAUGAUUAUUGUUAAUUAAUGGAAUUCAAAGAAAUAAGAUAUUCAUCAUACAACCCCCGUUAACCACGGUACUUACGUUUCAAAAAAGUACUGUGCUAUAUGAAAUAAAGGACUUCUUAAAAAGAAUUCUUAAA